AUGGAGAUCACCAUCACACUGCUGACUGGGACCUCCCAAACUCUGACGGUACGUCCCGAAGACACCGUGGGAACGCUUAAAAACCUCAUCGAAGCCAAGAUGGGGAUCCCCGCUCAUACGCAGAAGCUGCUGAUGGGGGGCAGCCAAAGAACGGCUCUCGAAAACGACCACUCCACCGUCGACUCCUACGGCCUGCGGGCCGGAUCGACGGUUUGCCUGCUGGUUAAAGAGUCCGAGAUCAUCCAGGUGUUCUUAAGAAACGAAAGGGGCCAACUGAGCACCUACGAGAUCGAUGAAAGCGAGGGGGUGAGCGACUUCAAGCUCAAGGUGGAGAAGAGAGAGGGCGUUCCGGUGAGCCAGCAGAGGCUCAUUCAUCAAGGCCGUGAACUGGCGAGCGGGAAACUGUCCGACUACAACGUCAAAGCUUUGAGCACCAUCGACAUGACCUUCCGCCUGAGAGGAGGCUGA